GCCAUGGCUUUUCACAAGCUGAACUCCAUUGCAGCCCAAUUGGCAAUCAUGGGUGCAUUUGGCUCGCAGCCAUUGACAUAAGAGCUCUGAUCAGCUGGACUUCGUUCUUCUCUAGAGCAAUCAAACAGGUUUGCACUUUGCAACGGACUUCCACGGUGACGCCAUGGAGGGCGCAGCCCAGAAGAGUGGGGCCUUCUCAGCUCUGGAUGAAACGCAAUUCUAUGAGUCGAACGAUCGGAACAGCGAAUCAACGAUGACAUCAUACGGGGGCCCCCUUGGCGCCAGCGAAGCCAGCGUCACACCACGAGCAGCACCAGCAUCUGAUUUGACCACCAGCACAUCGGGGCGAGUGGAAGGCACCAAGCCCUCUGGUGGCAGCAGCCAGAGCGCCGCACUCCUGGAGAUCACUGUGUCGGACCCAGUCAAGCAGGGAGAUGGAGUGCAAGCAUACGUCUCCUACCGUGUCAGCACAAAGACCAGCCUCCCUCAGUACCGCUUUCCCCAAUUCUCGGUCAUUCGCCGCUUCAGUGACUUCAUCUGGCUGCACGACCGCUUGGCCGAGAAGAACUAUGGCACCAUCAUUCCCCCACUCCCAGAGAAGAACGCCAUGGAAAAGUUCCGGUUCAGCGCUGACUUCAUCGAGCAGCGGCGGCGCGCUUUGGACGUGUUCAUCAACCGGGUGGCAGCCCAUCAGAUGUUGCGCCACAGCAGCGACCUGCAACUCUUCCUGGAAGCGAAUGAAGACGUCUGGGCUGUGGAGACCUCGCGAACUGCCACAGAAACGACGAGCAUGCUCAAGAAGAAGCCGCGGGACUUUCUGAACAUGUUCAAGAGCGUGCAGAGCAGCGUGACGAACGUGGUGCUCGGAAAGGAGGCCCCCGAGGUGGUGAAGGACGAGGAGUACGAGAGCCUCAAGCAGUACGUGCUCGCGCUGGAGGGACACCUGGCAGAGGCGCGCAAGCAGAGCGAACGGCUGGUGCGCAGGCACAAAGAGCUGGCUACGGCAUUGGGCGACUUUGGCGAGGCGGUGAUCCACUUGGGCAGCUGCGAGGGGGGCCGGCUGGGGGCGGCAUUUACGGAACUUGGGAACCGGUCGGACGUGCUGUCGACAAAGUCAGAAAAGCAGGCAGCCGAUCUGACGUUGAGUUUCGAACAACCACUGCGGGAAUACGUUCGGAUGGUGCACUCGAUCAAGCACGUGAUGGCGGAUCGAGCGCAGGCCCUCCAGUCGCACCAAAGCUUGCUGGCGGAGCUAGAGGCCAAGAAGCAAAAGCUCGCUCGCGUUCGGUCUGCGCAGCCGGCCGCGCCUGCGACCAAGCUUGCGGAAGUUGAGCGGGAGAUCCAAGAGGGGGAGCGGAAAGCGGAUGUUGCGAAGGAGAAGUACAACCUGAUUGUCGAGCGGAUGCGAGGGGAGAUGGCGCGGUUCCAAGAGGAGAAGACGCGAGAUCUGGGCCAAGUCAUGCGAGACUUUGCGGCCAGCCAGGCGCGUCUUGCAAACGACACGGCGGACGUAUGGCGAACGUUACUUCCAGUCAUCGACGCCGCAAAGCCUGCUGUUGCUACCAACGCGGGGGCAGCAGCCAGCUAGCAGGAUCGACUCCUGUUGGCUCGCAUCGACUCUGGCAACGUGCGGAAUACCCUCAUUCAGCGCAGGCCCGAUUCUGGAACAUUCAACAAAUAUGUAACAUUGAAGCAAUUGCUAUGGCUUUGCUGGCCCAC